AAUGCAGCAUUCUUGAAGCGGCAGCAGCGCGAGGACGGACAACGUGCAGGACUUGGAGGGACACUCCAACUUCCCCGAAAUCACGAUUUGUGUUUUUGCAUAGAUAGCUUGCACAAACACUCAAACGCAAAAACUAGCGUUGAAGAAGGUAGAAGAGACAACUAACCGAAAGGAAAAAUGUCUUUAGUUUGCGCAAUCUCCAAUGAGGUUCCUGAGCACCCCUGCGUAUCACCGGUGUCUAACCAAGUAUUUGAGCGCCGCUUGAUUGAGAAAUAUAUAGCUGAGAAUGGUGCAGACCCCAUCAAUGGCCAGCCGCUGUCCGAAGAGCAGUUGAUCGACAUUAAAGUGUCUCAUCCUAUCCGGCCCAAGGCUCCCUCGGCGACUAGUAUCCCAGCCAUUCUCAAGUCGCUGCAAGAUGAAUGGGAUGCUGUGAUGCUGCACAGCUUCACCCUGCGGCAGCAGCUGCAGACCACCAGGCAGGAGCUGUCUCACGCGCUCUACCAGCACGAUGCCGCCUGCAGGGUCAUCGCUCGCCUCACCAAGGAGGUCACCGCUGCCAGAGAGGCUCUUGCCACACUCAAACCCCAAGCUGGAUUGGUUGUUCCUCAAGCCGCUCCCGCGUCCCAGCCAGCUGUGGGUGCGGGUGGCGAGCCUAUGGAGGUUAGCGAACAGGUCGGCAUGACUACAGAGAUUAUCCAGAAGCUGCAAGACAAGGCCACUGUCCUUACUACCGAACGAAAGAAGAGAGGAAAGACUGUGCCAGAGGAGCUGGUUCGAUCUGAGGAUCUUGGCAAAUACAGACAAGUGGCUUCUCAUGUUGGCCUACACAGUGCCAGUAUUCCAGGAAUCCUCUGUCUGGACCUCUGCCCCUCAGACACCAACAAAGUGCUCACUGGUGGGGCAGACAAGAAUGUGGUUGUGUUUGACCGUCGGGAUGAGCAGAUCGUGGCCACUCUAAAGGGCCACUCCAAGAAGGUCUCCUCCGUCAUCUACCAUCCCUCUCAGGAUGUGGUGUUCUCCGCCUCUCCAGACACCACCAUCCGUGUGUGGUCCGUCUCCGCGGGCAACUGUGUGCAGGUGGUGCGUGCCCACGAGGCCAGCGUGACUGGUCUCUCCCUGCACGCCACUGGAGACUACCUCCUCAGCUCCUCUGAAGACCAGUACUGGGCCUUCUCUGAUAUCCAGACUGGCCGCGUUCUGACUAAAGUGACUGAUGAAGCUGCUGGCUGUGCUCUGACGUGCGCCCAGUUCCACCCUGACGGUCUGAUCUUCGGUACUGGCACGGCCGACUCCCAGAUCAAGAUUUGGGAUCUGAAGGAGCGCACCAACGUGGCAAACUUCCCUGGACACUCUGGCCCUGUGACAGCCAUCGCCUUCUCUGAGAACGGAUACUACCUGGCCACAGGCGCCCAGGACAGUUCUCUGAAACUUUGGGAUUUGAGGAAACUGAAGAACUUCAAGACUAUCGCCCUGGAUAACAACUAUGAGGUGAAGUCCCUGGUGUUCGACCAGAGUGGUACCUACCUGGCCGUGGGUGGAUCCGACAUCCGAGUCUACAUCUGCAAGCAGUGGUCCGAGGUCCUCAACUUUGGAGAUCACAGCGGGCUGGUGACUGGGGUGGCGUUCGGAGAGCACGCUCAGUUCCUCUCCUCCACUGGAAUGGACAGAAGUCUCAAGUUCUACAGCCUGUAGAGUGGAAAGAAAUUGUGUGUGUGUGUGUGUGUGUGUGUGUGCGCGUGUGUGUGUGUGAGAUUGUGAUUGAUUGAUUGAGGGAGCGUGUGUGUGUGCAAGAGGGAGUCAUGGAGAGAGUGAGGGGUGUGUGUGUGUGUGGGAGAGAUGGAGUGAGUGUAUGAUGGAUAAAGAAAGAAUGGGAGGGUGUAUAAUGGUAGCGAGUUUUUGUAUUUGAAUGGCUUUUGUCCUUUUUCCAUGGAUGAUGUGAACCAAGCAGCGUCAAAACCGUACUGUAUGAUUUUAUGACCUGUUGCAAGACUUAGCAUAAUAAAAAUGUGGGGUAUUGCCCAAAUGCAUACGUGUGCUCUGUAAACAUUUAAUGUAGUUUUCUUUUAUGAUCUGUUGGGUAAUGUGAAGCCAAGAGUUGGAGGAAUCUCUAAAAUGUUUUGUCAUUAGGAACCCCACCCCUAUACUUAAGCUUUGAUAGCUAUAUUUCCUUCCAAUGAAACAUUUUGUAUUUUCCACUUAUGAUUUCCAAUAUAACUUCAUGCUGUCGGCCAUGUCCCUGCCUUUUUUACCUUUUGUUUUAAUCGAAACUUCAAGUGAGAUAAUAGAACUGUAUAUUUUUUGUGUACCACAGUGGCUUCUGUAGACUGAUACAUCAAUACAAACGGCUCAAUAAAGCAAUAUACUCACUGAACAGA